CAGAAAUAUUUUAAUGUUUACAAACAAAUCAUUGUAUCGGAAUUUAGUGAAAUCUACUGUUAAUUAAGUUAUUUAAAGUAAUUUGAAGAUGAUACACGAUGUAAUUCUAUCGCUAAUAUCUGAAAAAGAAUCUCAUGUCAUCAAGGAACUGUUGACACUCGAAAUCUCAUCAAAUUUCAUUCAUCCAGCGGAAAUGAAGUCGUUAAAUGAUAUCAUGAAAAUAAUAGGACAAUAUAGAGAGAUUAAGAAAUUUAUUACAUCAUACAGCAUAUAUUCAAAUGAAUUACAUCAACUGGAUCUCGAAAAUGAACAUCCAAAUCCGCAAAAUGGAUUUUAUAUUCGAAAAUUUGCUGACGGAAUCGAAAAGGUCCUUGAAAAGUACCAUCAAUCAGUUGUUGAACUAGAAAAGAAGUUCCUACGUAAACCAUCAACAAGUUUAAUGUUUAUUUUCCAUGAAGUUGAAAAGUUUCGUCCUUUAUUUGAAUUUCUAAUGCGAUUAAUUAAUGGUGUGAGAACACAAAAGCUUCAUGGAUGUCAAAUAUUAGAAUAUCUUGAAGACAAUUCUAUGCAUGGCAAUGAAAGCAUCAAAGAAGCGCUGCAGGCAAUCCAAAAAUCAGUUUAUUCAAUUUUCAUCCAGCAACUUUGUCAGUGGCUUAAUGGAAAGUUCUUAGACAUUUAUGGUGAAUUCUUCAUUAUGCAUGUUGAUCCAUUGGAUAUGCCAGAAAAACGUCCAACAUUUUCCACACAAACAUCCAUCAGUACAUUCCAAUCAUCAGAACAGAGCAUUAAUACAGAAUUGUGGCGAUAUGAAGUCAAUUUUGACAUGUUACCGCAUUACUUUCCCAAAUCAUGGGCUGAAAAAGUGCUGUUCAUUGGACAAACUGUUCUCAUGCUUUCAUCCAAUGAUUCUGAUCAGAACAUUUAUGAUGGCAAGGAGUAUCAGUUUUUCCAAAAGUUUCAUCAUUUUCAGGAUGCAAAUAAACUUACAGUCAUUAAUUUUGAGCGUACUAUUGAUGAGAUUAAGAUGUGUGUAACAGAACAUCUGAGUGAAAUUGCAAUUCAAGAUGCUGAUCUAGUGAAGCAAUUAAAGCUCAUAAAAGAUUUUUAUUUACUUGGACGUGGAGAAUUGUUUUAUGAGUUUAUUAAAGGACUAGAUCCAAUUUAUGGAAACGUUGUGACAGAAAAUGCAGUAAGAGACAUAAACAGAAUAUUCCAAGUAUCAGCAGCAAGUGUUAAUGUUCAAGACGACGUUGAUUUGUUCCAUUUUGAAAUGCUCAAAACUGACAUGGAAAGUUUCAGUUAUGAAAAUAAAGGAUUAUUUCAGUUCCUUACACUUCGUUACAAGAUUAAAUGGCCACUACAUCUAAUGUUUCCACCAAAAGUCCUUGACAAAUACAAUGAGCUAUUUCAGUUCCUUAUUCGAAUUAGAAAGAUUCAAUUUUCACUUCACUGCCUUUGGUGCUAUCAUCGAGAGAAGAAAAUUGAGAAAAGUAGCGAGGUUUUAAACUUUAGAAACAAGCUGAUGUUCCUUAUCGAUAAUCUUCAAUAUUAUCUACAAGUUGAUGUCCUCGAAAGUCAAUUCAGUAUCAUGAUGGACAAAAUUAAGGAAACGAAAGAUUUUGAACAAAUUUUAAGAGCUCAUAGCUGUUUUCAGGCUAAUGUCUUGAGUUUAUGCUUCCUGCUCGAGAAUUCGGAUCCGUUAUCAAAAAGCAUGAGUAACAGCAUGAUGGAGAAUCCCGUACUCACUAUAUUAAACAAAAUAUUAAAUCUCAUCGAACAAUUUACAGCAUUUGCAUACAUUGCAUCAAGUCCUAUGACGAGUGAGGAUAAAAUAACGCUGGAUAAUUUUGACGAACUCUUUUCGUCGUUUGUUGACUCGUUGCUGAAAAUGCUCUCUGGCUUGUGCUCUGCUCCACUUUCACAACUUUUGUUAAGAUUAGACUUUAACUACUGGUUUAGCACAAAGAAUUUGAAACAACACUAAAUGCUCAAAAUAGACCAUUGUUAAAAAUAUUUUAUUGUCAGCUUUACUUUUAAUCUCAAAAAUUGCAGAUUAGCAACAGUUCUUAAUGAAAUGAAUCAGUACUUAUCCUAAAGUGAAUACUUCGUAAUCAUUAAUCAUGAAAUUAUAAUCUCCAAAAAGUGAUGUGUAUGAUGCACUUGGUCCAUCAUAAGAAUGUGGCAAGUUUGAGUAUGAGUCAGUAUUUACGUUACAAUUAUUGGC